AGAUAGCCUAGUUUUCACCUCACAGGCUCUUGUAUCGAGAUAUAAUAUUUCCUAAUCUGUGCAGUUUAUGCACAUUUCGCAAACUUUUCUUGCGACAGUUGUCAAGGGACUGUUAUUCCCAAUGUGUCAAACACGUGUCAAAGUUCCUCUAUCCUCCUUGCGCCUCUGGGUUCCACCGCUGAGGUUACUGUCAGCGUUCCUGUGGCAGGUGGCGGCGAAGCGGCAAGUCACGUACUACACCAGGCUGGAGGAGUUUACCUCAGUCGUUUUGGAGACUGUUCCACGCCUACUGAGUCCUAAGGAAAGAGUUGAACUGCUCCUUGGCUUGAGAGCUAAGGUGAGCGAAAGCAGAAUAUUCAUGUUUAUUUUAGAUUUAUGCCGCAAGCUUCCAUCAGUGACUCUCAAGGCAAUGCAGCCACACUUGAACAAAUUUUCAAAGAUUGCUGAGUCCGUCUCCAUUGUUGGGAGUGAACGUACAACCAUAGAUGCUGCUGUGAGAGGCUUUGUGGAGCUCGUCAAAACCCUUCUGCAGAGUUCCACAGACAGGGACCAUUUCUUUCAGGAUAUCUACCCAUUGCAUUAUGGUGCCACAUAUGACACAGCACUUCAGAUACUUGUGUGGAAAUUCCUCAGCAGACUGGAACUGUUACUGCCCGUGCCCAACUUCCACAUGUUGCAGGCAGCCACUUGGUUUGAUAAAGACCCCUCACUCUUGGAGGAUUCUCUACAAUUGGUUUAUGACACUAAGAAAGUUCAACAUUUGUUGCUGCAGUUCAAAGAUUGUUCACACUUGACCCCUGAAAGCUCGCCUUCACCGAUUUUGGGAAACACUGUUUUCUCAACAUUAUCUGUCCCUGUCACUGUUAAGACCAUUCACCCCUGUGAACACCGUGAGCAAUGUUUGCUGACUGCUCAUGACAGCCAUGAGUCUAAGGAUGGGGCAGAUACACUUGAAGACCCGAAUGAGGAGGGCGGAUUAGGAGAUGUGGAGGGGGCAGAUGAACAGAGAGAUGUGGAUGAAGAAGAUAUACAUGAGGAUGAAGAAGGUAGACGUGCGGUUGAAGAAGGUAGACCUGUGGAUGACGAAGAUAUUCAGGAGGACGACAAAGGUAGAUGUGAGGAUGACGAAGAUAGACAUACGGAUGAAAAAGGUAGACCUGAGGAUGACGAAGAUAGACCUGAGGAUGAAGGAGAUAGACGUACGAAUGAAGAGGGUAGAUGUGAGGAGGAUCAUGAUCCACAGAGGAACCUUAAUCAAGGCAGGCAGAAAAAUGUGGAGGAGACAGUUCUGCAUGAUCAGAAAGCGAGAAGCGAGAAGGAUCAACAUAAUGGUGACGUACGUGAUUGUGAGAGACUUGUAAGCAGCAGGAGUGAGCAAGAGGACCUGGCAUCCUCAAGAGAAGAGUCUGGGGAGAAGAGAAGAGUUUCAUCAAAUAGGCCCCUGCAUCACAAAUGCCCCGAAUGCGGCAAAGUUUUUAAUCAUAAACAUGACCUUACCAGGCAUUGGACCAUUCACACGGGUGAGAAACCUUUUCUCUGCUCUCUCUGUGGCAAGAGGUUCAGAGUGAAGACCGUUUUGGAAAGUCAUAUACGUGUGCAUACAGGUGAACGACCCUUCUGCUGUUCAGUCUGUGGGAAGAGGUUCACCCAGAGGGCAGCCUGGAAAUUGCAUGCGCGGGUGCACACUAGAGAGAGACCAUACUUGUGUUCUUUCUGCGGCAAGAGUUUCCCUUACUUGGGGCAAUUGAACAGUCACAAACGCAUUCACACAGGAGAGUGUCCUUUCAAGUGUGAGCUCUGUGGGAAAGAGUUCCGGGACUCUGGGAAGCUGACCAGCCACAGAGUCGUCCACACAAAGGAGAAACCAUAUAGUUGCUCCGUGUGCUCUAAACGUUUUUCCACGUCUUCCAUAAGGCAAAGACAUAUGCGAGUACAUACAGGGGAGAAACCCCAUGAGUGUCUGGUAUGUGGAAAACGAUUUUCACAGCAAUACAAUGUGAGAAUACAUCAACGUGUUCAUAGAUGAUAUCCUAAAAUCUGAAACUUGCAGUAGAUACAGUACAACAGUGUGUCCUAACAACGCCCCUUAGCUGUUGGAUAAUCAGUGGAACCUACGCUCUCUCGGGGCUUAUUGUUUAAUUGUAAUGGUGAGGCCAUUCACCUGUAAAUGUCAGCCCAGAUAGCAUUAAAUAUCCCAAACUAAGUUUGGCGAUUGUACACAAACUGUCAAAGGAAAAUCAAAAGAAUUGUGGCACUCAUCUACAAGAAUGAUCAGUGGCUACACAGACGGUGCCUGUUCUCAUCCAAAUGUGAAGGGAUAUGACCUAGUGCCAGUUAUCUCAACCCUAGAUUGCAUGGCUAUCCAGACAGAUAUUUAUAAAAGUGUUCUUAACUCUUAUGUAAAAUACUGAAUACUUGUAAGGAGGACUCCUGAUCCCAUGCUUUUUGCAGGGCAAGAGAGCAUUUUAUAAUGUCAGCGUUUUCUCUGACAUUUCUUCCAGUUUUUCCAAAGUACCAUACUUAACAGACCAGUUUGUAACUAGAUGUAACUUUUCAUCACAGUUUUGAUGGUGGUUGACGGCACAGUUUACAUAUGAAUAUUCCAAUUGACAUUGCAUUCAGAAUACUUUAUUACAUUUUUUAAAAUCAUAUUACAACAUACUUUACAUCAUUUUUCUUGAUGUAGUUGAUGUGUUACAUUUGUUUGUGUGUGUGUCUUGGGUCUUGCUGAUUAUAUUGGGGCAAUUGUAAUUCAAUACAAACGCCUGAACUCAAUUGUUUUCACUGCAUGAGGAAAAGGCACCCUCACCAUUCCCUGCUCACCUUUGCUUGCAGCUGUGUUGUGUACCAUGAGCUAAAGUCAUGGCAAAAAGAAGUGAAGCUCAUUUGAUUGAUUCUAUACCAGAAUUAGUUGGAUCAAAACCGCCAUCUGUUAGAAUGUCACUUCACCAUCAUCUAAAUCUCAGAGAGACUAUACCUUAGUCUUCUGCUAUAAUCAGAGAUAGGGGACUGAAAACUUUUUUUGAGAUUGCCGUCAUGUCAGUGUUUCUCUGAUUUCAAUAAAAUGUAGUUCAUUUGCAGGAA